AUGAAAAGAUUCAAUUAUUAUAUGGAUAAUAAUAAGGAUGAUUGGUACAAACAAAGUAUAUGGUAUCAUAUAUAUCCACUAGGGUUAUGUGGAGCUCCAAGGUAUAAUAAAAAUGAAGUAAUAGAAAGAAGGAUGGAAGUUCUUUAUGGUAAUGAAUGGCUUAAUCAUCUAAAAGAUUUACAUAUUGGGGGGGUUUAUAUUGGGCCUUUGUUUAAAUCAUCUACACAUGGCUAUGAUACCAUUAAUUUUUAUGAAAUAGACCAGCGACUAGGAGAUUCAGACACUUUUAAAACCCUCGUAUCAAAGUAUCAUUCUAUUGGAAUUAGAGUAAUAGUUGAUGCAGUUUUUAAUCAUGUAAGCCGGGAUUUCUUUGCAUUUGCUGAUCUCAGAUGCAAUGGCAAGAAUUCUAAAUAUUGUAACUGGUUUAAAGGAGUUGAUUUUAAUAAACAAUCUCCUUAUGGCGACAACUUUGAUUACUCCGCAUGGGGAGGGUAUUAUGAACUACCUGAAUUAUGCCAUGAGAAUGAAAAUGUUAAGAAGUACUUAUUUGAAGUAGUAAAGUAUUGGCAUGACGAAUUUUGCAUUGAUGGGAUAAGACUAGAUGCUGCAGAUUGUAUAUCGAUUGGAUUUUGGAAUUUGUUUAGAGAUUAUUGCAAAAGUAGUUUUGGGGAAGGUUUUGCAAUUUUAGGAGAGAUAAUACAUGGUGAUUAUACUACUUGGGUUAAUUGUAGCCCAUCUAAAUCAAAAACCUCAAGUAAAACUGGACCUUUUGAUGGGAUAACAAACUAUGCAUUGUGGAAGGCUUUAUGGUCUAGUCAUAAUGAUCUGAAUUUAUUUGAACUAGUACAUACAUUACAAAGGGAAGAUAACUUAUUUAAAUUUGGCUGGUUAUAUAAUUUUUUAGACAAUCAUGAUGUCACUAGAAUUGCGUCCCAACUAUCUAGACAAGCUUAUCUCGGUACUAUUUUCAUUUUACUAUAUACUCUACCUGGUUCACCAUCAAUAUAUUAUGGCAGUGAGUUUGGUUGGCAAGGGAUGAAAGGACAUGGAAGACAAGCUGAUUUCCCAUUAAGACCAGCACUAAGCUAUGAAGAAUUGACAACUAUUAGAUCAAGCAAACUUUGUGGUCUACUAGAAUUGGUAAGAUUCCUAUCAACUUUGAGGGAUGAUGAAAUGCUGGGCCCUGCUCUACAGAGAGGUGAGUAUGAAUUUAUAAGCAAUACACAGAAGCAGUUUGCAUUCAAACGCAAAGUAGAUAUGACUGAAGUAUUAAUAGUAAUUAAUAUUGAUUCCUUACCAAUUGAAGACCUCAAAAUAAAGUGGAAAGGUCCUAAUGGUUACUGGAGAGAUAUUCUUCAUCCUACAAAUUCAUAUAAAAGUGUGGAAGGAGAUAUCAAUAUAUCUUUACAACCCUUUUGGGGAUGUAUAAUUCCAACAAUUUUACCUAAUUUAUGUUAUAGAAGGUUGAAAUCAUAUACACAAGAAAAUUAUGUAAGAUAUAUACCCACAAUACUCCCAUUCAAUGAAUCUAACGGAAGCCCUGUUGUGAAGGAAUUGGAACCUUACUGGGUAGAAGAAGUUAAUACACCACCAUUACUUUCGCCAUCGCUAACUUUGAUUAACCAAAGAGUUCAAAGUGAUAUUGAGAUACAAGAACAAACAAAAGAAAAUGAAUGUGAGCAACAUAAAUAUAUAGAACAAGAGAAGUCUGUGAUGCGUUGGUUUAAAAAUACAAGUAUCUACUAUAUACCAGUAAAACGUAUAGGAACAGACUACAACAUAAUUGAUACUUUUACAACAUAUAUCUGCUCUCUUAAAUUUCCUACCAUAGCUCUGGGUUAUAUAGAAAGUAGUGAAGAGGAAAUUUAUAAAAGUGUUAUAGAGCAGUUUGUUAAUCAGAUUAAGAGUAAAAGUAAUGGUACUAUCAAGCUACUAAUUUAUUCGGAAAUUGAGUUUAGUUACAGUAAUUUCGAUGGAAUAAUUUUAAGCAAGCAUGAUGAAAUAGCCUCUAAAUGGGAACUAUUAAGUGGAAAAGCUAUUAUUUCCUGUUCUCCAAGAGAUAUUAUAAAUAAAAAAUUUAGUGCAGUGUUAAAUACUGAAAUACAGAAAGCUUUAUGGUCCUGUUUUGCUGAUAAUAAUAUGUAUGAAAUUGGACAUAAUAUAGACAGACAAUUUAAUGAAAUAUAUGGCUGUUACAAGAAUCAAUUAUUUGUUACUACAUCCGACUUCAAUAUUUCCAUUUCUCAAAGACUUGGAACUCCCUUUUAUUUUGCAUUAUAUUUCACACUUUUAUUCACAAUCCCAGGAAUACCACUCGUUGUAUGUGGAGACGAAACUGGUAAAAGUCAACCCCCUUUAUGCCCACAAGAAUGGGUAAAUUAUAUAACUAAAAGUGAAUAUGAAAGCACUUCAUCUGGAUGGUGUUCAAAACAGCUUCUAUUAAUUAUUGAUAAAUUAUUGAGCAUAAGAAGUGUAAAUUCAGAUAUAUUUGCAAAUGGAGUCUUUAAGAUGCACUAUUUAGACCAUCAUGUGCUAAUAUUCUCAAGAUAUAUUAAAGACGGUGAAAAAUACCUGAUUGUUGCAAUAAAUUCUGGAGUAGAAAAUAGAGAAAUAGAAAUAAAUGGCAUUCCAAGUAAUGUCUCUUUAUGCACUUGUCUUAAUACAUCAAAAGAGACAGAAAAAAGAAGGAAGAAAGUCGGGGAUAAAUUAACAGUCUUGAUACCAAAGGAAUCAGCACUGAUACUAAAGACAUAUUAA